AUGUUACUUCUCUGUCACGUCACUCUGGGCUCUGUUUCCUACAAGGAGAAAGAUUUCCUUGCGAACCUAACCUGGAACUAUGACCCCAAGAUCCGCCCGGUGUUAGAUGGCUCCAACACCACAGUGAGUAUCGGUAUGAUAUUGCACUCAAUUAUAUCUCUGGAUGAAAAACAAGAAGUGCUCAGCUUUAAAGCAUGUGUUGUAAUGACAUGGAAGGACCAGCUUUUGGUGUGGAACUCGACAAGUGACAUUCCCACUGCAGUUACUAUGCCCCUAUCGGACAUGUGGUCGCCAACCAUACUGAAUGUUGAUUCUGUGACAAACUUGAAGUACCUAAAAGAUGACAGGGAUACCGUGCUCGUCCAUCAGGAUGGCACAGUUGUGUAUACUUUCACAAGUAGGUUUGACACAGAAUGCAAAGUAAAUAUCCACCAAUUUCCUUUCGAUCGCCAGACAUGUAAUUUUCACUUGGAAACAUUUUAUGCCCGUGUUAGUAAGGAAUUUCUUAAGGUAAUCGACUCGUAUGUAAAUCUGGAAACAUAUCAGGAAAACGGAGAAUUUAUCCUUCUCAGUGCAUUAAUGGCAUUGACAAAAUUCCAGAUAAAUGACUUCAAUGGCAACUGGAUAGAAGUGACCCUUGUCCUGCAAAGACGAACCACCAUCUACAUCCUCAACAACAUCCUGCCCGUCGUGUUCCUGUCCUUUCUGAACGUCUUCGUUUUCUUAAUGCCCGAGGAGAGCGAUGAGAAGGUGUCUCUGUGUGUCUCCAUCCUGUUGUCAUAUGCCAUGUUCCUGACCCUCAUCAACUCCUACCUACCAGCGAACUCCGACCACCUGUGUUUCUUCAGUGUAUACGUCACCCUGCUUGUGUUGAUCAGCACAUUCAUAUGUCUCGUCACAAUCUUCAUGUUGGUACUUCACACAAACCUUCAAAGGGGUAAAGUUAGUCCAAGAUGGGUGCUUGUUGCUUGGGGAGAAGACAGCAAAGUUAGAACACCUGAACCACGGGUUAGAACUGAUGACGUCUCUUCCAACCAAUCCGAUGUAAAAGACACAGCAAACAAAUCUGACAUGAAGGAUGCAAUAGUCACCAAGUGCAACAGAGUGGCAUUUGGAACGUUCUUCACACUCACAGUACUCAUUAAUCUUAUAUUUUUCAUUUCCGUAUGCCAAUGA